AUGGCGGCGGCCGCGGGGAGAAGCGCUCGGCUGGCGGCCUGGGGCGGAAGGCUAUGGCGCGGGCUCGCGGCCCGCCGACGAGCGGGGCCGGGUGGCGGCCCUCUGGCAGCGGCUGUGGCCGGCGUGGCCCUGGCAGGAGCCGGAGCGGCAUGGCAUCACGGCCGCGUGAAGGCGGCUGCGCGCGAGGGCAGCGUUACGGUGUUAACGCAGAAAAAUGACUUGGAACCAGUAGAGAAACUUUCUCUUCGUAAACAGCGGUUCAUGCAGUUUUCAUCAUUGGAACAUGAGGGAGAAUAUUACAUGACACCCCGAGACUUCCUCUUCUCAGUAAUGUUUGAGCGAAUGGAGCGUAAAACACUAAUCAAGAAGCUGGCAAGAAAGGAUAUCGAGGACAUACUGGCAGGAAUCCCAAAAGCACGUUGUGGAUCAACUUUUUUUAGAGACCUGGGUGACAAAGGGGUGAUUUCAUACACUGAGUAUCUUUUCUUGCUUACGAUCCUCACGAAACCUCACUCUGGGUUCCAUGUUGCUUUUAAAAUGCUGGAUGCAGAUGGUAAUGAGAUGAUUGAGAGAAAGGAGUUCGUGAAGCUGCAGAAGAUCAUAAGUAAGCAAGAUGGCUUCAAGACAGUGAAGACUAAUGAGACAGAAUACCAGGAACCAACCAUGAAAGAGCCUGGAAUUAACACAACCCUUCAAGUGCGUUUCUUUGGGAAAAAAGGAGAAAAAAAACUUCACUAUAAAGAAUUUCGAAGAUUUAUGGAAAAUUUACAAACAGAAGUUCAGGAAAUGGAAUUCCUUCAGUUUUCUAAAGGUCUGAAUUUCAUGAGAAAAGAAGACUUUGCAGAAUGGCUGCUUUUCUUCACUAACACCGAAAACAAGGACAUUUACUGGAAGAAUGUGAGAGAAAAGUUGUCGGUAGGAGAGAGCAUUAGUUUGGAUGAGUUCAAGUCAUUUUGCCAUUUUACAACGCAUUUGGAAGACUUUGCUAUCGCCAUGCAAAUGUUUAGUUUAGCUCAUCGCCCCGUGAGACUAGCGGAGUUUAAGAGAGCUGUGAAAGUAGCCACUGGACAGGAGCUCUCAAACAACAUUUUAGACACUGUCUUCAAGAUCUUUGACCUGGAUGGUGACGAAUGCCUCAGCCAUGGGGAGUUUCUUGGAGUAAUGAGAAACAGGAUGCAUCGAGGGCUAUGGGUGUCACAGCAGCAGAGUGUGCAAGAAUACUGGAAAUGCGUGAAGAAGGAAAGCAUCAAGGGAGUAAAGGAAGCCUGGAAACAAGCUGGAAAGGGCCCUUUCUAAGGAGAAGAUAUGUAGCAACUACAUUGCUCGGAGUGCCAGAAUUUGGGAUAUUUUCCCAAGAAUUAGCUGGCUUUCUAUAAGUCUCUAUUGAGUUGCUUUGAAAUGUAAAGAUGCCAUGAAUUCAUUGUCUGAUUUGGGGAAUUGGGGGGUGGGGUGCAGAUAAAGUGUGUGCCACAGUGGAAAGUCAGAGUCCACACUGUGGGGGCCAGUUCUGUCCUCCUCCCAUGGGCGUCCCAGAGAUUGACCUCAGGUCAUAAGCUUUAGCGGCAAGUGCCUUUACCUGAUAAGCUCUCUCACCAGCUCUGACGCAGCCAUUUCUUGGCAAGUCUUCGUUACAGAAAGCAUUGCAUUAUGAAAGCACACACUGCAUUGUCAGAAGCCUGGGUAUAAAGUGAUGCUUUAGGGAGCUGGAGGCUGAGGUCAUUGUUAAGUGCUCAGACAUGAGAAUGUGACAUGCUUUCUAGAGGGCUGUGGUGCUCCUAGGGAGUGAAUGCAGUUAAGCACUUGCUCCAGUGUGUCUGCUGUGUCCUGUCCUCUGUGACUGUCUCCUGGCAGUAUGCUCCCCAGCUUGAAAAACAGCAUGUCUUGUCUGGAAGCAGGAUAAAGUAUUUACAUUGAUACAAAAAAAAAAACAUGCUUUCUUUUUAAAUUGUUUCAUGUUUUUGAAAUAUAAAUACAGUGUCCUCUGUAUUUGGUGGCUCAGCCUGCAUAAGACACCACACUUUCCUAACAGGCUGAAUACUGAGUUCCAUCACACACAGGCACAC